AUGGAAUCACUUAUUCCUGUUAUCAACAAAUUACAAGAGGUUUUUUCUGCAGUUGGCACUCGUGAGGCAGAAAUACAACUGCCGCAAAUUGUUGUCGUUGGCUCACAGAGUGCUGGCAAAAGUUCUGUCUUAGAAGGUAUCGUCGGUCGAGAUUUUUUACCUCGUGGAGCUGGUAUUGUUACUCGACGACCGUUGAUUUUGCAGCUAGUCAAUGUACUUACUGAUGAUAAGGAAGCUAGAAUUACUGAUAAUGGUAUGGUAAUACAUGCAACUGAUUGGGCUUUCUUUGGUCAUUUGAAGGAAAAGAUUUUCACAGAUUUCGAUGAAGUGAGGCAAGAAAUCGAACUUGAAACGGAAAGAAUCACGGGGAAAAACAAAGGUAUAUCUGGAAUGCCAAUUAAUCUUAAAAUCUGUUCACCCAAUGUAGUGAAUUUAACGCUCAUAGACUUGCCUGGAAUGACGAAAUUACCAGUGGGUGAUCAACCUACUGAUAUUGAAACCCAAGUUCGGGACUUAAUUAUGAAUUAUAUAGGAAAUCCAAAUUCCAUUAUUCUUGCUGUGACACCAGCAAACCAAGAUUUUGCCACUUCAGAACCACUGAAAUUGGCACGAGAGGUCGAUCCGGAAGGUUGUCGAACGCUAGCUGUACUCACUAAACUUGAUUUGAUGGAUCAUGGUACUGACGCUAUGGAAGUUCUUCUGGGACGUGUUGUUCCAGUAAAACUUGGCAUUAUAGGAGUUGUGAAUAGAUCUCAAGCGGAUAUCAUGAACAAAAAAACAAUUGAUGAUUGUUUACGUGAUGAACAGUCAUUUUUGCAACGAAAAUACCCUACAUUGGCUAGCAGAAAUGGAAUUCCUUACUUAUCGAAAACACUGAAUAGACUACUAAUGCACCAUAUACGAGAAUGUCUUCCACAGUUGAAAAUGCGGGUAAAUGUUCUUAUAGCACAAUGCCAAACACUACUCAACUCAUACGGAGAGCCUGUGCAGGAUUAUGGAAGUACACUGUUGCAAAUUAUAACCCGUUUUGCAACUGCUUACACUGCAACCAUUGAAGGUACAUCAAGGAAUAUCGAGACUUCGGAGUUGUGUGGUGGAGCACGCAUAUGUUAUAUCUUUCAUGAAACAUUUGGUCGAGUCCUAGAAUCAAUUGAUCCAUUGAGUGAUUUAACGCAGUUGGAUAUAUUGACAGCAAUACGUAAUGCAACGGGCCCUCGGCCGGCUCUUUUUGUACCCGAAGUGAGCUUUGAAUUAUUGGUAAAGAAGCAAAUUCGUCGGUUGGAAGAACCUAGUUUGCGCUGUGUGGAACUUGUGCAUGAAGAGUUGCAACGAAUUGUACAACAUUGUGGCAUUCAUACACAGCAGGAAAUGCAACGGUUUCCUCGUUUAUAUGACAAAAUAAAUGAAGUGGUAAGCAAUGUCCUGAAAAGUCGUUUAAAGCCAACGAAUGAAAUUGUUGAAAAUUUAGUAGCAAUUGAACUUGCAUAUAUUAACACGAAACAUCCAGAAUUUGCCGAUACAUCACUUGGCAAUCUUUUAAAGGAGCAUGUAUCUAUUGACGAUGAUUCAAAACGGUCUGUGAAACGCGGUAUUCAAACUGAAAUACCAGUGCACAAGGCACACGAGAAUUCUGCGGCUACCAGUGCAUCUUCAGUUGGAGGUUCAGUCGGCAUACAGAAUUCGACCGAAAUUUCAAGCUUCACUGGAUGGUUCUUCGGUGGAAAUACGAAGGAAAAGGAAUCAGUAUUGUCGCCUGCAUCAGCUCGGAAGCCUGUGAGUUUUUUACCGGAAGUGCCGGAAAAGACAAUUACACGGAAGUUGACUGCUCGUGAACAGAAAGACUGCCAAAUAAUAGAACGACUCAUUCGAUGCUAUUUUAUGAUUGUCAGGAAGAAUGUCCAAGAUACAGUACCCAAAGCCAUUAUGCAUUUCCUAGUGAAUUAUGUUCGCGACAAUUUACAAAGUGAGCUCGUACAACAAUUAUAUAAACGUGAAAUAAUUGAAGAACUGCUCACUGAAAGUCCAGUUAUGGCUCAAAGGAGAAAGGAAGCGGCUGAGAUGCUUAACGCGCUCAAUAAAGCAAGCAGCAUAAUUGGCGAAGUUCGUGAAACCCAGAUCUGGUGA